AAGCCAUUAUUAUAAAAAGACGAAUUGUUCAUGAAAACGUGGGUUCCGAUUGGAUUGUACUAUAAGAAAUUUUGGAAAUAGAGACUUUCUGAGUUUUUAACUUUUAAGGCUUUCUUAACAAGAGGGUGCUACGCGUUCAAGAGGAGCCUCUACUCAUUAGCUUCGAAAGAGUUUUGCUGUAAAAGUUUGACACAGUGCGUAAAUGUCUGUGGCUUUUACCAAUCUCUCGUGGUGGUUGUGGAGUGGAAAACAUCAAGAGCCAAGAAUCACAAAUGGGUCUUCUUUAAAUUCUUCUGCCGAUUUGAAUUUGUGGGAAUCGGAUGUUUUGAGAUUUCCUUUGGUUCAGGCAAAUAUGGGUUCCUCAUCAAGGAGGGUGAAGCGCAAAUGGCAUAGUAGGGAAGAGAGGAAGAUAGAUAGGGAACAUGAUGUUGUUUUGGUUCCAUCUGAUGGUGGAUGGGUUUCUGGUUCUGAAUCUGAUGACUCUGAUUGGUCAAUUGGCUGGUUAGAGCCUCAUGGACCUGAUUUCCCAAAUGAUGAUGAAACAGAUAACAGUUUUGCUGUUCUGGUUCCAUGUUAUGGACGAGAUUAUGGUAGAAUCGUGGAGGAUCCUAAAAGCAACUUACUGAGCGGUGUUGGGAAUUUUCCAGAUAGUUAUUCAGAUGAGAGCAAGAAAUAUGUGGAAAACUGGCUUUCUUCUCUUCGAAAUACCUGAUGCACAAAUAUUCAUCAUUGUGAUCCUGCAUCUUCAUGACAAAAUCUCCUUUGUGAUCUUUAGCCAAUACACAAUUGUAUAAUGUAAAUAUUGUAAAAAGAAAAAAAGAAAGGCUGUGAUGUGAUGUGAUGUCAGAAUAUGAUUAGUAAACGGUUAAUUCAAAUAUAUGAGGAGCAAAGAUAUGGUAAAAAAUAAAGCAGUUGUGAUGCUUUUAGCAAUGUCUGAGAAUGGUGUCUGCUCUGAGACUUCGAGAAUAAAAACAUUGAGGCGGAAUUGGGAGAAGGAGAAAGAUUGGAUGAAUGCAUGUUGAAGUGUGAUUUUGGAGCUUGCUAUUCGUUGAUGUAAAUAUUUAUGUAGAUAUAGGGAUUGGUUAAAUGCUGAAUCAUGUACUCAAAUUUGUAUAUAACUGUAUAUAAAUUUUGUGUAACCUGGGUGUACUUUGUAUAUAUGUGUGUGUUUUUGAGGUUCGCAUGGGUGUAUAGUUAAAUUAGCACACUUUUGUAUAUAUCCGCAAGUAAUCAAAAGUCUCUAAAGGGCUUGUGUCUCUAUUUGUCCAAUAUAUUAUUACCAUUUAGCGUUUCCUUU